AUAAAUUGAAAAUGCAUUCUUGGUUUAUACCGGGGUGUACCCAUUUUCCAUACACGUAAAAUUUUUAAUUCAGACGAGACAACUUGAGCAAAUCCAAGUUUUUGACCGAAAUCUAGCGAAUUUACAUAACAAUUCGGUUCCAAAUUACUUUCACUCCAUUCUGCAUGUAGUCUGUGAUAUUUUGCACAGGAUUUCGUGGUGGAAGAGGCAGGAUUUGUAAGUGUGAAAAGUGAUAAUGGCUGGAUGGUAUUGCGUUGUAUAAUUUUCAAAGUGAAUUUUACGUGAGAAUACUUUUUUUUUGUUUAACCGAAAUUGCAACUUAAGCAGCCAAAUAAGAGAAAUAUGUUGGCACCAGAGUCACUACCCCAGUACGAUAUUAUCGUGGAAACUCUGACUGGGGCAGAGUUGAAAGUGACUGUAACGGAAAAGGAUACAAUUGGAUAUAUUAAAUCCCGAAUACAGAAGUAUGAAGGUAUUCCAAUUGGGCAUCAGCACUUGCUAUACAAUCACAAUGAAUUGAAUGAUGCAACUGAGAUGAAGGAUAUACCAUUGGUCAAGGGAUCACGAUUGAAGUUGGUUCUUGGCCUCAAAGGUGGACCUGUAUCAGCUCGUCGUGUUGUCACACUACCUGACUAUGAGAAUUGGUUCGAUUUGAGCGAUGUUCUCAACACAUCGAGACAAGAACCUCUAACAAUUUCCACGCCAGGUGUAAAAGUUCUCGUCUACAAGGAUUGCAAGAAGAAUAUACAUCGUUUGAUGAAGCUACGCACUGGGAAGAAUUUACUCACAAAAGGAUCUGAAGAACACACCGAAGCUACAACAAAUGAGUCUCAAAAUGAUCAAUGGCUCAAUGAUAAUAUUAAUACGUUAGAAAAAAUGCAUCAAUUGCGUACAAAGCUAGAGUGGAAGAAGCGCAAUAAGAAUACAAAACCAUCAACAAGUUAUGCAAAAGAGUCUGAGAAUGAGGUAAAAGUUCCCCAUUCAUCGUCACAGGUGAAAUGUAAUAUUGAAUCGGAAAUUGGAAGGAAACUCCGUCGUUUGGGAUUUAUGAGUAAGUCCAGAUCCGUUGUGACCGAAAUGUCACCCCCAAUGGAUGCCCCCUUGAAGUCCGAUGCAGCAUCAAUGGGACGCAUUGCCAACAAGAUGGAUGGCGAUAUAAGGAAUUGGUGUCAGACGAAUGAGAAGAUAAACAAUAAUUCCCUCUUCUUCAGCCAUCGACACUCCCAACCGUCACUCAAAGUGGCACAACCACUGGUGAAUUGUGUAAAUUACUUCGGGGUCAGUGGGAGGAGUAAGAGUGCAAAGCCACCAAAUUCUGGGGAGUACAGCAAAAUGAAAUUGCGCGAAAAUAUCCGUAGGAAUCGUUCAUUCAAAACGAUCAAUACGGAAAAUGAUAUGAUCAUUGAUGAGAACCAAGUUCUCGGUGGAUCAAUUGAUGGUACAACACGGGUGGCGUCAUCCCCCAAUAUGGAGGAUCGUAUCCAUAGACCACCAUCGAGUCGCAUGACGCGCGAUGAAAAGGUCUCCUCAACAUCAGUUCAGGAUUUAAUUGAGCAAUUCAGCAAAUCACGCCUAACAUCAUUCUCAGAUCCAUACGGUGAUGGUAUAGCGGCGCGAUGUGAAAAGGAGAAAAUGCUAAGCAAGAGGGGUAUGUUGUCGAAACAUUUAUCAACGGCUAGCUUUGAGAAUAAACUCUUUGUCGAGCGCCAACAUACAUUUGCCAUAAAUAAUCACGGUGAGUCCCGAGCUUCAUGUUCCAGUGACUUUCAGCUAGAUUCAUCAAAUUCAGAUACAGCAUAUCGGGUUUUCAAAUUACCAUCUGAAAAUGGUAGUAGCUAUGAAUUACCAAAAUUGCUUAUACGUGAAGAUUCCCCGGUGGAGUCAUUUCAUUCAUCGGAUUCCCAACUUGAGACACUUGCUUUACGCGGGGAAUCCCCAAAGACGGUGAUGGAUUCAUUUGCAAAAAUUGAGCGCGACAAUGCGCGGAGCAAUGAUCAGAAGGUGUCGUCAACGGAAUCAAUUCUGCAGCUUUACGAUUCCCCAUCGAGCACAAAAAGUUCGCGUGAGAAGUUGCUGAAUAUUUUGGAUACAAAUAGUGGGGGUGGUGGUGCAUGUGGCGGGACCACAGCAGCAGCAUCACCUGGCAAAAAGUCACUAAGUGGUGGUGAUGGGGGAUUGAAUCAUUUGGAAUUGAGUUUUCUCACUGAUGACACAACUGCGGAAGCAACAGCAGCUGCGGGAGGGCAGUCAAAGGUGCCCCAGGAGGGUGUGCUGAAGAUAUCAAGUGAGACAGAAUGGAAGAAUGAUGUACUGAUGAAUUUUGAGAAGCAAUCCCCACCAUCGAGUACAUCGUUCAAUUUCAUGAGUAGCGGUGACAUAUCACCCACAGAGGAUGAUGAUGAUGUCUUCAAUAGCUGUGAAAUGCUCCAUCCGGGGAAAUCAAAGUCCGUGGAAAUGAAUGAAUUUCGCAUGAUGUUCGGGAGUAGUCCGACGUUGCUCAAUAACUACAGCGGUGCCCCAUCGGGUGGUUCGCGCCUCACAUCAGCGGCAUACAUGUACCGUCGUCACCCAGAUGCGUGCCUAUCGAGUAGUACGUCUGACCUGGAAUGCCUUCCGGGUCGCACGAAAGGUGACACAGCGGCGAGUAAUGCAAAAAACAGCCGUGAAUUGCCAUCAUUGCUGCGACAUCGGAAUAAUGAGCAUCUCGACUAUAUGCGUAGCUAUGAAAAUCUCGAUCGAACAAAAAUUGUUCGGUUGCGCAAUGAGCGUGUGGGUGCUGUGCACGGGAAUGGGGGUGGUGAUGAGCGCGAUUGGCGGGUGUGCGGGGGUGAGAAUAAUCUCAAUCCACACGACCAUCUUCCGCGACAAGAGUCAACGGAGGAUUUCUCUGCCUUUGCCCGCAUUAACUAUCACCAUGACCAUCAUAUUGGGUCAAAUGGUGACUUUCCUGUUUCCUUUCCGUCCAACGAAAGUCUCUUCAACAUCAACUUUGACACCUUUGAGGAUGAUGUGAUUGAAAUCGAUACACUCGGCAUGUUUGACGGUGGCCACACAAAUGGGCUUCUUCUGCCAGAAAUUGGGGAUUCGCACGUUAAAUUUGCCACAACGUCCGCAAGCGCAGCAACGUGUCACACUGAUGCAACAACCACAGAUGCCCAAGGGGAUGGUGGUGCGUCGAAGCAUAAGAACAAGAAGCUACGCUGUGCUGAGUGCAAGAAGAAAUUGGGACUGAUUAUGGUUAUGAGGUGCCACUGUGAGAAGGUUUUCUGUCCACAGCAUCGCUAUGCUGAGGCACACAAUUGCUCCUAUAAUUUCAAGCAGGAAGGACGGAAGAUCCUCACACGUGAAAAUCCCCUCGUAGUGGCACAAAAGUUACCUAAAAUUUAAAAAGAAAAAAAAAACGCAAAAAAAGAAGAAAGAAAUACAAGGAAUGCCUAAAAUAUUCUUAUCUGUUAAUUCUUUUUUUAGCUUGUUUUGUCUUGCUAGGUUGCAAAAAAAAAUAUUUAAAUUUUUUUUCAUGCUUGGUGAUUAUGGUUUUAUUUUUGUUUCAUAAUUAGAAUUGAAAAUUCUAACUGAAAAAUUUAUAAAUAUUAUAUCUUUUUAUUCAAUUUACUAUAUUUUUUUUCGCUCCUAAUGUUACGUUUAAUAUAAAAUUAGCAAAGAAAAAAAUGCUCUUGUAGAAACAACAUGAGAGAUUACUGAUUAAUUAAUAAAAUAAAAUAAAAUAAAAUUUGCACUGCAUAAAUUGUCCUUCUGACAGUGCAAGAUGAUACGUAGAACAUACUGCAAUAUAUAUUAUAUAAAUUACAUAGUUAGUUCAAGACUAUAUCAAAUUUAAAGAGAAAAAAAAGGAAAUGUAUUUUUAAAUAAAAUGAAGAUAUUUUUCUUUCUCUUAGAAUGCAAUUAGCAAACAAUAAAAAAAAUUCUUUUGCAUUGCUAAAAAAAAAAUGUUUGAAAAUGCUUACACCCUUAUAUACAUUUUUCUUGUGUUAUGUUAUUUUACAUUUUUAAUGGGAAAUUUCUACAACUAUGUAAUCUUUGUGUGUUGACUAAAAACAAAAAAAAUUCUUCUGCAUUACUUGGUGAAAAGUAUGUACCACAAGGUUAUAAUUAAAAAAAAGGAAACAUAUUAAAAAAUUAAUUUUGAACCCAUAAAA